AUGGCAAGUUCCUCCAUCCUUAUCUCUUCCAUCCUCAUCUCCUCCAUCCUUAUCUCUUCCAUCCUCAUCUCCUCCAUCCUCGUCUCCUCCAUCCUCAUCUCCUCCAUCAUCAUCUCGUCCAUCCUCGUCUCCUCCAUCCUUGCUCCCUGCAGAUUAUUGAAGGCCGCCACGAUGAGCAGCGUCUGUAGAGAAAUCAUCACGCUGCAGCUUGGACAUUAUUCCAACUUCGUGGGGACCCACUGGUGGAAUUUACAGGAUGCGUCCCUGUCCUACGACCCGGACUCUCCUCCGGCGGAGAUCCAGAGCGACGCGGUGUUCCGCGAGGGCCAGACCCCGGCCGGUCACGUGACCUACACGCCGCGGCUCAUCGCCAUGGACCUCAAAGGUAGUCACGUGGUUCGGGUGUGCGCGUGGAUUUGGCUUCUGAGCGCGCUCUCUGUGCAGGGAGCCUGCGGACGCUGCGCCAGGAGGGAAGUCUGUACGGCCACGGCCAAGGAGGAGCCCCCACAUGGUGAGCCCCCCCCCCUAGGGCCCCGAGACCUGCAUGACUCCAGAGACCAGGAGGACUGUGGUCGGGUUUGGAGACCUGCUGGACUCCAGAGACCUGCUGGACUCCGACCAGGAGGACUCUGGUCCGGUCAGUCUGACCCGGUCCGUUUCAGGUCGGGGAGCCUCAUGAUGCACCAGGAGAGCCCUCCAGAGAAGAACCUCUUCCUGGAGGACCUGGACCGGCUGGAUAACGGGGAGAUCCUGGCAGAACCGGCCCUCCCCGACCCGGCAAGGAACCCUUCCCCGAAGCGGUUCUGCAGUGACCCGCUGGACCCGGACCUGGUGGACCCGGUUGGCGCCCGCCUGGCCCGGGUCCAGAGGGGGUACCAGCUGGAGUCCAGCGUCAGGGUCUGGUCCGACUUCCUGCGGAUCCACCUGCACCCCCGCAGCAUCGCCGUCAUCCACCAGUACAACCACGACGGGGAGGCGGACCGGCUGGAGGCCUUUGGGCAGGGCGAGGCCGUCCUGCAGGGGGCGCUGCUGGAGGAGCUGGAGGACCGCCUGCACUUCUUUGUGGAGGAGUGUGACUACCUGCAGGGGUUCCAGGUUCUGGUGGACCUGUCUGACGGUUUCUCGGGUCUGGGCUCCAGACUCACCGAGCUGCUGCAGGACUCCUACGGGGGGCGGGGCCUCCUGACCUGGGGGCUGGUGCCGGCCGGCCGCCCCCCCGCGAACCCGCUGAUGGCGGCGUACGGCCUGCUGAACGGCGCCCUGGGCGCGCUGCACAUGUCCGGCCACAGCACCAUGUUCUGCCCGCUCACGCUGGGGGGCGGGCUGGGCCGGACCGGGUCGAGGCGGGCCGGGUCGGGCCGGACCGGCCCGGACUUCCCUCUGCUCCGCUACGAUGUGAGUAUCCUGCUGCUCUGCCACCCGUCCAGAACCCCCCAAGAGAUCUAG